UCACGAAGAAACCCAUUAGCGGCUAAAAACACCAAAAAAGCCAUACCCCAUAUGCUCUUGACGUGCUCUGUUCUUGUUCCUUCCAUUGAAUUCAAAUUGAAAUUUGAAAAACUCGGAAAUUUCGAUUCCUCUCUCUUGGGUUUCACAAGGUAGACGAAUUUCCUAGGGAUUUCUAUACCUUUCUUCGUCUUGAAGGAAUCAAAGGGGUCUUUUUCACUAGCACGAGAUCGAAUAACCAGCCAUAUCUCUUCAUCAUACAAGAUUUUGAGGCAAUACAGUUAAACCAGCUGGAAACUGCAUGACUUGUGAUUGCGAAUCAUGCAUUCCAAAUCACAAACAGAAAAUUCUGAGCAUAAGAAAAUCCCACCAGUGGAUCAUAAUGUACAAGGAAAAAGGAGUUCACUUCAGUAUCAGACCCCUAGAUCUUCAAGUGAGAAGGUCUCAUCCCUUGAGGAAAGAAAACCCUCAACAUCUCGUAAUCAUCAGAAGACACAACUACGGAGAAAUAUGACAGGAGGUGAUGAUGUGGUGAAGUACAUGUCAAAUGUCCCAAGCUAUCUUCAGAGAUUGGAGAAAGGGGAUAGUGUUCAAGAGAAAGCUCUAAACUUUGGAGUUCUUGAUUGGGGGCGUCUCGAAAAAUGGGCAUACCUUCAGAAACAAGUCACAUAUAGGAGAGAGGAAGAUUCUCCAUCAAGCUCCAAUUCAUCAACACCUGCAUCGUUUUCUACAUUCGGGUCAUCUUCACAGUCUGCUAGCAGAAAUUGCCCUUGUGCUCAAACUAAGCACUCCCCCAAUAAAAGGGAACACUGUAGAUCAUCAGAAGAAGGUCAGAUAAGACGUCCAAAUGUAAAAGGUGUUUCAAUUGACAAGCCCCAAAAUCCAGAUGUUGGCAGUAACAAGGUCAAGUCUCAAAUUGGUAGAUCAGAAGAAGAGGAGAAGUCUCGGAACUGUGAACAACAAAGUUUUUCUGGUAAUUUGUACUUUACUGAAGACUGGCUACAAGAUCAGUGCUCGGUGGUCGAAGGCAUGUGGGACAAUCUUCAAGAGAGUGAACAGACAAGGCGCAUUAGCUGCGAUUCUGCUGCAGCAGUGGGCAGAAAGAGUUUUUCAGGAAAUUUUUCUGUCAGUGACAUUUCUUAUUCAUGUCCACUUCCUUCUGUAAGUCGAAAUUUUGAGCCUUCUAUUUCUAACAACUUGGUGUAUGAAAACAAAGUGCCAAGAACUAGUGCACAACGAAACGAUAUGACAAAAAUAUCAAGCAAGCAAGAUUCAACAGGGAAAAUGAUUAUGAAGAAAACAAAUAUUUCAGACAAUUCCCUCGAAGAGAAUUCAACCUCUCAUACCAGAAGUAUACGUAGCAUAACACCACACUGUCUAUUAAGAAAUUCUAGUUUGAGAGAAAUUUCAUCAAGGAAAGAAGUGGAACAACAAGCUAUUCCUUCAGAGAGCACACAGGCAGAAAAUGCAACAUCUAGUCGUAGAAAUAGGCGAAGUCCAUUGAGGAGAAUACUUGAUCCAUUAUUGAAGCCAAAGAACCAAUUUUACUUUUCUGGCACUACUUCUAAUUUAACCAGUGAUGGGUCCCAACAAGUUAGUAAUGAUUCUUCAGUUGAGGCCCAAAAACAAGUGAUGUCACUGAGACAUGCUUUUCUGAAACUUGCUUGGAAGAAUGGGCUCCCUCUUUUUGUGUUCUCUGCCGAUGACGACAAUGUUCUUGCUUCCAUAAUGGCUAAAGGAAACUUAGCACAGAAAAAUGAUGUUGGAUGCAUAUAUACAAUGUUUACUGCUCAUGAACUUAAAAAGAAAGGUCGGGUCUGGAUGGGCCAAGGAAAUAAGAGCAAGAAGAAUGAUUUUGCCUACAAUAUGAUUGGCCAGGUGAUGGUUUCUUCUUCCAAAUCGCUGAGGUUUGCUUCUGAGGACUAUUUUUCCAUAAGAGAGUUUGUUUGCUGCGGUACUGAACUAGAACCUACGAAUCAUCAACGUGUUAUUUCUCCGUUCAGCAAUGAGCUUGCUGCUAUCAUUAUUCAAGUUCCAAAUGAAAAGCCCAAAGGUUCAACAAAAAUAAGCUAUGACGAGUUGCACAAUGAGCAAAAGAAUGAGAGUUCAAGGUUACCAAGUGUAACUGCGAUUCUUCCUAACGGGAUUCAUGGCAUUUCAUCUGAAGGAGAGCCCUCGUCUUUGAUUGAGAGAUGGAGAUCAGGAGGUUCUUGUGAUUGCGGAGGUUGGGAUGAGGGCUGCAAGCUUACAGUUCUAACUGAUAAUAGUCCAAGGAACAGGAGCUCCAAUUCAUCUGCUGGAGCUCGUCGAAUUGAAUUAUUACCACAGAUUGAAGAUAUAGAAAACAAGCAUAUUUUCAAGAUGACUGCUUUUAGAGAGGAAGUUUACACAGUGGAGUUUGGGGCAUCCGUUGCUUCUGUGCAGGCUUUUGCUAUGUGUAUCGCUAUCCUUCAUAGCAGAAAGCUGCAUCGAUGAAAGCUCGUAUUUUAUUUUCGCCUCAGAAUCUUGGAUUUGGGUUCACAAGUGCAUGACGCAGGUGUGAGACUUCCCUCCAAGAGUUUUGAAGCAAAGCUUCGGUUCCUCCCACUGACUGCUAAUUCAUUCAAUGCGAAGUCUGUUAUAGCUUCUCGUAUUCCUCCUCCUUUGAACCCCACUCAUCGGCGUCUCAUGAGGCAACCUUUGACGAACCAAGCCUACUUGCCGCACCCUGAAUCCUAACAGGCGCACAUGCAUUCUUCGUUAUUUCACCACGAUUUUCCUUCUCUUCCUUGAGAUCCCCCGGAGGCAAGAAGCAAUCCAUAGAUGACCGACCCCUCUACACUGAAAUCAACCUCUUCAACAGUCCACACCUCCUCCAUCCUCAUCCUCGUGAGCCCAUCUCUGUUCUCCCCAAACGUGAGCAGAUGCACAUCAGCCUCUCCAGAAUGAGCUACAUUGAUGCCAUUGAUCAACCGAUAGUCUCUGAUCAAGGAUUCAAUUGUGGUCUCCCAAUAGACAUUUUCUUCGUUUGAUGAUUUCAUUCUCAGCAGACGAGAGUCAUCUAGUCGGACUAAGAGGCCAGUACGCUGGCUGAAAUAGCCUCGUAUACUAUGCCUAAUGAUUUCUACAGUGUUUCUGCUUCGUGAUCGGACGGUUGGAGGGUUGGCGUCGACAGGGAGAACAAAGCAGUCGUCGCCGUUGAUGAGCUUCUCCCCGGUGCAUACUGCACUGGAGAAAAGGGCUGCGGUGCACCUUGGAUCAAGACCCUGUUAAAAAAAAAGUGGAAGUAUGUAACUGAUAUGAGGUUUGUCUGGAUGAGAAAACAUCGAGUGGGCACUGUAUACAACAUCCAAUGAAAUAAUAAAUCCUUGGAUCAGUGCAAUACAGAAGGAUUUAAGGAUUUGUUCACUGAUCCAAGGGUUGUUAAUUUGUUAUCCCCUUGGUUUUGUUUGUAUGCUAUGCAUCUUUAUUCAAUCAAACAAUUUUAAGAUUCUAUCUUCAAUUUCUCUCGUCUU